UAAAUCCACCUCUUCCCAUAAAACCCCAACUUUCCCAAUAAUAUUUUUGACUAUCUUUUUCCAACAUACACAAUUUCCAUUCCUACUUUCUUUCUCUUUCACUAUUUUUAUUUUUCUUUUCAUUUGUUCCCUUCUUAACAACCAAACUAUAGCAAUGGAAAAUGAUGAUGAAUAUUGUAAUACAGGGCUAUGUCUUGGAUUAGGAAUGGGAGGACACGUGGCACGAAAAGAGAAGAAACAAAAAUUAGAAGUGAAGAACCCUUUGGUGGCUUGUUUCGACCUAGCUUUUGAGCUUUGUCCAAAAGGAGAAGACAUGAACAUCAAUAACAACAACAAUAAUAAUAAUGAAAGAUUCAGUUUGGAGAGACAAUAUUAUCCAAAUGCAAUUACUUGCAGCACCGAUUCCGAUAACAACAUCAACAACAACAACGACAACGAUCGAAGAAAGAAACUGAGGCUUACAAAGGAUCAAUCAGCUAUGCUUGAGAACACCUUUAAGCUCCAUAACACUCUUAAUCCUGUCCAGAAACAAGCACUUGCUGACCAAUUGAAUUUAAAGACUAGACAAAUUGAAGUUUGGUUUCAGAACAGGAGAGCAAGGACGAAGUUGAAGCAGACAGAAGUGGACUAUGAGUUGUUGAAAAAGCAUUGUCAAAAUCUAAGCGAUGAGAACAAAAGGUUGAAGAAGGAAUUACAGGAAUUCAAAGUUGAACAAACACCGUUACGAAUUCAACGUCUAUCAAAAGUCACUCUCUGCUCUUCCUGCGAUAAACUGUUGAACCGCAAAGAAGAUAAUUGACAAAAAUUAUUUAAUGUUAUGUUCCAAACUCAACAAUUGAUAAUUACAUCAUUUCUACCUAAGAAAGCUAGCUAGCUAAUACUCCAACUCCUCACAUUUAUUAGGUCUAUAUGGAAUUGGGUUGCUUUAGACACGUGCAAUUAAUCAAAUAAUUAAUUAAUUAACUAGGUGUUUAGCUCUCUUAUUUAUUCAAUAUAUCAAAAUUAAUAUUUUC